CAACGAAACGCUUGUUUUCAAACAAAAUAUCAAUAAUUGGUUUUGAAUUCAAUUUCUAUUCAAUUAAUAGCGAUAUUAACCGCCGAAGAAAGCGAUGAUAAUUCCCAUCCGUUGUUUCACUUGUGGUAAAGUCAUUGGCAAUAAGUGGGAGCCGUAUCUCAAUCUACUUCAGGCCGAAUACACCGAAGGCGAUGCUUUGGAUGCGUUGGGACUCAAGCGGUAUUGUUGUCGUCGUAUGCUUUUAGGACACGUGGAUCUCAUUGAGAAACUACUCAAUUACGCUCCGCUCGAGAAGUAAUCACCGCUCGACUGAUCCCAUCAUCACCUUCUCUAUCGCUGAAUACCUUUUCCAGCCUUUAAUUAUAACUUAACUCUCAAUCGAUGUAUAAAUAAAACUCAUUUCAAAUGUAUUAGUGGUAAUAAAAUUCGUGUUUAUUUUAAAGAACA